AUGUCGAAGCUGCAGAAGCCAACGUUUUCUUCUUUUGUGUUGAACCGGUACUCUCCGGCUGCUCAAACUGUGUGGGAGUUCUGCAGAAGAUUCUGGCAGUCCUGGCAUGAUGCCUUCCAAGGCACGGGUUCGGAUGAUGAAUCGGAUUCCGAGCGCCGCAGGAAGGACUCAGACAAAGGAGUGCGCAAGCUGCUGCUAGAUCUGAGCAGCAGGAUCCAGACAGAUAUAGACAUCGAGACAAACGAGGAGUUUGAUGCCGAGAGAAUGAAAGCCUGUCUCGGAACGAUGGAAGACAGGACAUUUCUGGCCGGCAUGCUGCACCGUUUUGCGCGUGAUGACCUCAAGAGCGAUGGCGAUGCUGUAGAAGCGGCGAUACGAAUGCAUAUCCACACAGUCCCUUUGUGGAAAAAGUGGGUGUAUGCAAUACUGACUUGCGGAGUCUGGGUGUUCUUGCGCGCCUCGCUGCAGAUGAUAGGUGGCUUUUGCUUGUCAAAUGCAAUCUUGGGUUAG